ACUAAUGUAAAGCAGGUGACCAUGCAGAAUGCGGUUCAGGUGUGGUUUGGAGAUGAGCUUCCCUUGAGCCCCCGAAGUCCUCUGACUCCGAGACACGGGCCGGGUUUGGCAGAUGUGUGCCUGUACGACCAAUGGAUAUCUGUGCGGCAUGAAGCCACUUUGGUGCCUAUGCAAGAGGAUCUCUCAAUCUGGCUCUCUGGCUUGCUGGGAAUGGAAGUCAAAGCAGAACAACUGCUAGAAGAACUUGAUAAUGGGGUACUGCUUUGCCAACUGGUUGAUGUUCUUCAAAACACAGUUAAAAAAUGUUGUAGCACAAAUAACUUAAGGAAUUUUCCUAUGAGAAAAGUUCCAUGUAAGAAGGAUGCUCCAUCAGGAUCUUUUUUUGCCAGAGAUAAUACAGCCAACUUUCUUAAGUGGUGUAGAGCCAUUGGAGUUGAUGAGACAUACCUCUUUGAAUCUGAAGGCUUAGUGUUGCACAAGGAUCCAAGACAAGUGUAUCUUUGUCUGCUGGAAAUUGGGCGCAUUUUAUCCGGGUAUGGAGUUGAACCUCCUGUACUUGUAAAACUAGAGAAGGAAAUUGAGCUAGAAGAAACCCUGCUGAUGAACUCUGGGCCACCAUCACCUCCUAGCACACCAAAGUCAUGUUGUCACCAUGGGGAGCUACACGAGGCAGUAAAACAUAUAGCAGAAGAUCCUCCCUGCAGUUGUUCCCAUCGAUUUUCAAUUGAAUACUUAUCAGAGGGACGUUAUAGGCUGGGAGAUAAAAUACUCUUCAUACGAAUGCUGCAUGGCAAGCAUGUGAUGGUACGUGUUGGUGGAGGCUGGGACACUCUUCAAGGUUUUCUGCUCAAAUAUGAUCCAUGCCGAGUGCUUCAGUUUGCAACUCUGGAACAGAAAAUCCUGGCAUUUCAGAAAGGGGUCACCAGUGACAGUGUCCCCAGCUUGUCAGCUAGAAAUCAGGAGCCUCCUCUAAUGAAUCCAAUGUCAGCUGUCAAUAUGUUUCAAAAGCAGCCAUCAAAAUCUCCUGCUCCUGUUUUAGGUCUUGGGGCCAGUGCCAAGAAGGCUUUAUCUAAAUGUCCUCAGUCCCCUGCCCUGGCAUCACCAAGAGUGCCUGUUACCCCAUCUUCCACUGCCAAGUCAUCAACAGUCAGGUCUAAAUUACAAGGAUCCUCAGCAACAGGUGUGCAGUCUUCUUUCAAACCAUUAGCUGGCACCUCGAAGAAACAGGAGUCUCCUGCAUGCAACUCACCAGCUUCUGCUCUUUCACAGCCUGGAAGCAAAAGUUCUUCAGGUGCAGGAUCAAGAACAGCUCUUGUUCCCUCUGAAACGCUGCGCAAACGUAUUCGGUCCCCUGAUACUGCCAAGGUGAAAUUUGCCCUGCCUCGGGGCUCCCCAGCACCAGCAGCCCAUCCUGUCCUCUCACCCUCUAAAAAACAACCAUCUCUCUUGUCUGGGACAGCUGGGACAACGACUUCAAAACAGAAGUGUGUCCCUGCUAAAUGCAAACCUGUACCUGCCACUAAAACCAAAGCGAAUUUGGUCGCUUCCAGGGCUGCUCGGCUGCCGGUUACAAAUCUGCGCACUGUUGCCAAGUUUGCACAUUCUCAGCAACUCCUUGCAAAACCUCUUGAAAAUGAUAUUCAGAUCUCAGGUGCUGGGUCUCAGCAUCCUCAGAAAGCCCCACAAACAAGUUCUCAUCUUGCAAGGAACUUGAAAACUGCUUCCGAGCUAAAACUUUCUGCUUCUGCACCCUCCCUUGCAUUAAGCAAAGCAUCAAAGUCACCACCUCCAUUGUUACCUACAAGCAAAAAUGUGUCAUCAGCGGGCAGCAAGCAGCCAAAUGCCAGUAAUCCCCCUCAGGUUGGACCCUCUUUAUCCAAACCUGCUGAACGCACACCUUUGUCUGUUGUAAGGCUUCCUCAAACUUCAGCCAAAGCUGCAGUGACCAAAAAGCCAGCACAGCCUUCCACAAAAGGUCAGCAUUCAACCAAAAACUUGCAAACAAACAAAAGCUUGGCCCUAGCAGCCAAGAAGCCACUCCCAAAGGAGCAGGCAUAUAACAAAGGAACACCUGGUGUGUCAAAAGUUCCUCCUCCGAAGAGUAGGCAAGAUGAUCACUAUUUUGUCAUGACAGGGACUAAAAAGCCCAGAAAGUAAACUAAUUUGUUACUUUCUGUGGAAGUCUGUGUUGUUCAAAAGGGCCUCUUGUAACUACUACUCUGAGGACAAGGAAAAAAGUUAAAUAACACUACAUUUGAUAUGAAAUAUUAAGUAUAACCUGCCUUUUGCUGCCUAACUUACUGUAAGAACGGUGUUUAUUUUGCGGUUUAGAAACGUCUAUUUGGACAUGUUUAGAAGUGAGCUUGCUUGCUGUGUAGCACUGUGGAAUGGCAAAUAUCCAUGAUCUGCUGCAGAAAAGUGUGGGAGAAGAAAGGGGAAUUAAGGCUGAAGCUUUUGCAGCAGAACUCUGGUGGUUCUGGCACAUCUGCAUUGAGGUGUGUGGCAAGCAACAGAGCUGUGCACAAGCUGUAAAAUUUCUAAUACCUCAAACAAAACUGUGGGUUUUGUUCACUGGUAUCCCAGAACCCAAAUCUGGGUCAUGUAUUUUGGAAAAAAGAAAUUUCUAGUCUUAUUUAGAUUUGACAGAUGCUGUUGUCAGUGUUCACUGUGCCUCCCCCCCCCAGUAUGCCUUAAAGUGGAUUCAGCUCACUUGGAAGUGGAGCUUGGUUUCUUUUAAGCUGGACACCAAUAAUCAUGGCCUUGAUUGCUCACUUUCAUUGUGCCUUUGCCUCUCAAAUUCAGAACAGAACUCUUCAGUGAGCAAUGCUACCUUUAAAAACCAGGGCAGAUAACCUUGCUUGGUCCAUGUUCAAAUCUGACUAGCUUUCCUAGCAAGCUCUUGCUGCAUGGAGAGAAAGUAGUUUCCCAAAGAGGAAUACGGUCUGCAUUUGCCUUUAAAUAUCUUAAAGUGCCAGGAAGCUAUGCAGUGUUUAUACCCAGCUCCUGAAGUCUUUCCAUGGGUUAAACAUUUGUGAUGCUGUACACCUUUACCCUUGAGAAGUGAGCUUCAUGGUAGAUUGAAAACUACUGCCUUUGGGAGUAGUGCUGUUUGGGUUAUUUUGGGGUUAAUGAACAGUUGUCCCUACAGACGCUGAGGAGCUCCGAAGGUCUUUGAAGACACACUGAUGGUUUCCAUAGACCAUCACUUCUGCCCUCCAUUCCCAGUCUAUUUACAGGCAGGAGUGGGUGUCACUGCCAUAGAGGCUUCUAGAUUGUGGAACACAGAAGUCUUUUUUAAAAGGAGAAGAGUUCCAUGGAAUACGUAGUUUCUGUUGUUGAGAGGCUUUAUUUUGUUGGGGUUUUUUUCCCCCUGGAACUAGAGUAAGCAAACGUCAUAAACUGAGUUCUCAUGCGAUGUGGCAGAGUCAUAGAGCAGCUUUUCUGAGCACCUUGUUAGCUUAUUUUAUUUAAUUUAUGAUUCUAUUUAUGCAUAUCUACUGUACAAUACUGCUCACAACCUGCUGGGAGUAAGCAGCAGAUGCCAGUAUCCAAACUGUAGGAAGAAAACAGAUCUGCUUUGAAAACGUGGACACAUGUCCCACAGGAUCCCAUACAAAGUUGUGUUUGGGAGAGGCCUUGGGCUUGCUUGUUUUGUAUGUACACUGGUCAAAGCCACUGCUACAGUGUUAGACAGAGUAUGGACUGUAGUGGGUUGCUGUCAGGUUUGAUAAAUCUGGCACGUGAUUUCAUAUGCUGAAAGCAUUUUACAGUAGAUGACUUCUGAUUUUUGGGCUUCUAAAUGGUGAGUUAUGUGAUAUAUCUCAUGCAGAUUAAUAGCUGACUUCUUGGGGUUUUCUUUCUGUAAUGGGUCUGGAAGAGAUAGAGUUAACUUUCUUCAUAGCAUCCUGUAUGGAGCUGUGUCUUAGAUUUAAAAUUGAAACCAAUGUUGAUAAUACACUGAUGUUUGGGCUGUUGCUGAGCAAACCUUUCCAGGGUCAAAUCUUUCUUUUUCCUGCUCUGCCCCUACAGUGAGUGGGCAAGAGGUUGGAAGUACAUGGCUGGGAACUGGCCAACCUGAGCUGGCCAAAGGGCUAUUCCAUAUCAUAAAGCAUCACCUCAACAAUAAAAAGAAGGAAGAGGUAGAGAAAGAAGGGCAUGCAGGUUUUGUGGCUUCUAAGGUGGCUGUUUGCCAGCUGGCUGGGCAUCAGUCUGUCUGUGGGAGUAGUGAAGGCUUGCCUUUGCAUCAUUUGGUGGUUUACUUUUCAUAUCUUCAUUCAUUAAACUCUUUAUCUCAAACAGUGAGUUUUGCUUUUGCUGCUCCCCUCUCCUUAUCUUGCUGGGGGUGGAGGAGAGAUAAGGGGAGUGAGAAGCUACAUAGGCACUUGGCUGCUGAGUGGGGUCAACCCACAGCUCCUUUUAAACCAUUUACAAGGGUUUUAGCAUCAAUUUUAACACUGAGGCUCUUGGAUCUCAGUGUAAGGCAACUUCAACACCUGCCUUUCUGAACUACAGAGAAAAUGGAGCACGUGGCUUCAUCUUUGUGGUAUAUGAUGUCAUGUAAUAGACUGAGUUUUAGAUUUCAAAAUGAAAUAAAAGUGCAUAAACUGUUACAAUUGAAAGCUUUAUCAGCUAAUCUGAAGUUACACAUGGGUAGACUUGGUUUGGUUUUAUUAUAAAAAUAGUGUAUUUGAGUGUGAUCCAACUCUGAAAAUUGUAGUUGCCAGCUGCAUAGUCAUGUAACAUGAGGUGAACCAAGAUAAGGUGUAACAAAGUACCUCCUAAUGGAAAUACAUACUAUUUUUGCAAUGUUUGUUGCCAAAUAGCAAGUCUAAUCUUCAGUUUAUAUGACCUUUUGUGAGGGAAAGAUAAUUUGGAGCAAGGAUCUGACUGAAUUCUCCAUGUGAUAUCAAUGUCCUCUGUAUGAGUACUUAUUUAAAAUAAACAUACACU